CUAGAUCUGAGUCCCUGACUCAGCUAGCACUAGCAGAUCUGAUAUAAAGCAGGAUGCCGCCUGGUUGUACAGCGCUAGUGAUUUGUACGAAGGGGGUGCUCUAUCACUUACAACUUGCCGACCACCGCUGUACAACUUGACUGCACAGGGCAGACGAUUCGUGCCGCACACUGACAAGCUCGAGAACAACGAAUCCGCCAAGAUGGACUCUUCAGAGGCCCCGUCGACCACACGGUCCUCGACAGAUAUUGAGAAGAAUGCGCAGGCUGAAGGUCAAGCGAGCGGCACGGACUCCUUGUCACCACAAACAGAGCCUAAGGAGGAGGUCCAGCAAGCGACUGCAUUGCAACUGGUGCUGGUCAUGACUGUCGCUAUCACGUCUGUCCUCGUCAUCGGUCUCGACCAGACCAUUGUCGCAACGGCCAUUCCCCGCAUCACCGAUGAGUUCAAGGGUCUCGACAAGGUCUCGUGGUACGGUUCCUCCUAUUUCCUGACCUCGGCCGCCAUGACGCCCGCGUGGGGUAAGCUCUUUCGCUACAUCCCGCUCAAGACCGCCUACCUCGCCGCCUUCUUCGUCUUCGAACUCGGAUCCCUCAUCUGCGGCGUGGCGCCCAAUGCGGACGCGCUCAUAGUCGGCCGAGCGAUCGCGGGCCUGGGCGUCGGUGGCAUGCUCACCGGCUGCCUGAUGAUGAUUACCUAUGCGAUGCCGCCCGCCACCCGUCCCAUGGGCUUCAGCAGCGUAGUGACGGGGUACGGCAUCGCGGCGGCCCUCGGUCCCCUCAUCGGUGGCGCAUUCACCGAGCACGUCUCCUGGCGGUGGUGCUUCUACAUCAACCUCCCCAUCGGUGUUCUCACGCUCGCGGCAAUCAUCUUCGUCCCCAAGCUCGAGGCAGCAAAAACCCAGCCCGCCACCAUUAAGGAGAUCAUCCUUCAGCUCGACCUUGUCGGUGCGUCCCUGCUCAUGGGCGCCAUCGUGGCCAUCAUCCUCGCCCUGCAAUACGCUGGUCAGACCCUGCCGUGGGGCAGCGCUACCGUCAUCGGCCUGCUCGUCGGCUUCUUCUUGAUCAUUGCUGCCUUCUGCGCGUGGCAGGUGUACCUGGGAGAGAAGGCUGUGCUGGUCCCGCGGCUCAUGAAAACGUAUCCCCUCUGGGCGAACGCUACGUGGCAGUUCUUCUUCUCGGGCGCGUACUUCAUCUCGCUGUACUAUCUCCCCCUGUACUUCCAGAGCGUGUCGGGCGUGAGCCCUGGCGAGUCCGGCGUGCGCAACCUGCCCCUCGUGCUGGCCGUCUGCCUGGUCUCGAUCCCCGCGGGUAAAGUGCAGGGCAUGUGGCCGUCCAGCAUUGUCUGGUUCAAGACGCUUUUUGGCGCCCUCGUCAUCAUCACCUGCGCGCUGUUCUACACGAUGGACGAGAACACCUCCACGGGCCAGUGGAUCGGCUUCCAGAUCUUGGGCGGCGCCGCGUGGGCCUCUGCCUGGCAGUGUGCCAUGCUCACGGUGCAGAGGGACCAGGAACCGGCGGAUCUGCCCAUCGCCACGUCGACCAUUAGUCUGACCCAGUUCCUCGGCGGCGCCAUCGGCGUGUCCAUCGCCCAGAUGCUCUUCAACAACCGCCUCCUGUCGUCCCUCGCCGAGUCCGCGCCCGACAUCGACACGGCGGUCGUGCUCCACACCGGCGCCACCGAGCUGCGCAACGUCUUCAGCCCCGAGGACGUCCCCCGCGUCGUCUCCGCAUAUCUCGCGGGCCUGCAUUGGGUGUGGAUAUUCGUCACCGUGUUCGCGAGCAUCGGGUGGGUGCUGAGUCUGCUGGACUACGUGUACAUGAGGGACUUGCUCCGGGCGCCGGCUGGUGGCAAGGAGAGUGGUAAGAGUGCGGAGCCGGUGAUUGCGCAUUAGAUUUGAAUUUUCAGCUUGGCAUAUGGGCCGUUAAGACGGGUAUUGAAGGAUCUGCAGCCUCGUGGUACUUUUCAGCGAGAAGGAUGUCUCCGCCAAGCCCUCGCAAUCUUGACAAUCAGGGAUGAAAGGUGCGGGGCCGAGGAAGCUCCCUCUCAACCAUCUCCCCUGAUACUGCUCUUAGAACAAUGACAUAGAAUAGAUUGCUACCAAAACCUCCACGACUAGGCGACGAUUGAACAUGAUGGGAGCCUGGCACAUAUUUGUGUUAGUAGUAUGGCUACAUUUGCACAGAUAAUUUCAAACCGAAGGCUGAUACUUGCGAGGGUCAACUGGUUUAACA